AGUGCGCGGCUACGUCACUUCCGGACGGACUCAAGCUAGCAGAUAACGUGAGCUAGCUAAACAUCAAAGAAAGAUGGCGUCCGCCGCGAUGGAUACGACGUAAAUAAAAAACGACGCACACGCUACGGUCGGUGUAUUCUCCUCACGGUGGUUUACAAACGUUGCAUAAACAAUUAAAAACGUGUCCUUAUGGCGACCGGGAGCGGCGGCGGCGGCUUAGCGUCAAACCAGGACGGCCAGGAGGCAGCGUCCAACUCGGCUCACUCGGCUCAGUCCGCAGCGGUGCUCUCCAACGCGCCGGCCUGCGGCUCCGCCCGGUCCGCCUCCCCGCCCGUGCUCGGCCUCCACCGGGAGCCCAUGUACAACUGGCAGGCGACGAAGAGCUCCCUGAAGGAGCGCUUCGCCUUCCUCUUCAACAACGAGCUGCUCAGCGACGUCCGCUUCGUGGUGGGGAAGGGCAGGCAGGCCCAGAGGAUACCGGCGCACAAGUUCGUGCUGGCCGCGGGCAGCGCCGUGUUUGACGCCAUGUUCAACGGCGGGAUGGCCACCACCUCCACGGAGAUAGAGCUGCCCGACGUGGAGCCUGCAGCCUUCCUCGCCCUGCUCAGGUUCUUGUAUUCUGACGAGGUCCACAUUGGUCCUGAGACCGUGAUGACGACUCUGUAUACGGCCAAGAAGUACGCGGUCCCCGCUCUGGAGAGUCACUGUGUGGAGUUCCUCACCAAGCACCUCAGAGCCGACAAUGCGUUCAUGCUCCUCACUCAGGCUAGGUUAUUUGAUGAGCCUCAACUUGCCAGCCUCUGCUUAGACACCAUAGACAAAAGCACUGCAGACGCAAUAAACGCAGAAGGUUUUACAGAUAUUGACCUUGAAACCUUAUGUGCAGUGCUACAAAGAGACACACUCAGCAUCAGAGAGAACCGCUUGUUUGGGGCGGUGGUACGCUGGGCUGAGGCCGAGUGUUACCGACAACAGCUUCCCCCGACCUCUGAGAACAAACAGAAAGUUCUGGGGAAAGCCCUCCCACUUAUCCGCUUCCCGCUCAUGACUGUUGAGGAGUUUGCUGCAGGGCCUGCCCAGUCUGGAAUAUUGUUCGAUCGGGAGGUGGUAAAUCUGUUUUUACACUUUACAGUAAACCCCAAACCUCGGGUCGACUACAUCGACAGGCCCCGCUGCUGCCUCAGGGGGGAGGAGUGCAGCAUUAAUAGAUUCCAGCAGGUUGAGAGUCGAUGGGGGUACAGUGGUACCAGCGACAGAAUCAGAUUCAAUGUAAACAAAAGAAUAUCCAUAGUGGGUUUUGGCUUGUAUGGUUCAAUACAUGGACCUACUGACUAUCAGGUCAACAUACAGAUCUUAGAGAGCGACAAACGCAUUACACUAGGGCAGAACGACACCGGUUUCAACUGUGACGGCACAGCAAACACGUUCAGAGUGAUGUUCAAAGAGCCUGUGGAAAUCCUACCCAAUGUCAGCUACACUGCAUGUGCCACCUUAAAGGGUCCAGACUCCCAUUAUGGCACAAAGGGGUUGAAGAAAGUGACCCAAGAAACAGCAACGGGGACCAAGACGACGUUUUUGUUUUUUAGCUCACCAGGAAAUAACAAUGGUACAUCAGUGGAGGAUGGGCAGAUCCCAGAGAUCAUCUACUACACCUAGACUAAACACGGUGUCAUGCUGGUACACUGAACUAGGGAGACCUCAGACUGCUGGGAACACUAGACUGCUGGAGAUAAAUGUAGUGCCUCAUGAUCCCUUGGAAUAAAGAAUGUGUGUGUUUGAGAGAGAGAGAGAGAGUGUGAGAGAGAGAGAGUGUGUGGGUGUGCGUGUGUGUGUGCGCGCAUGUGUGUGUGUAGGUGCAGGUGCGUAUCUGUCUAUACAAUAAUGGUGUAGAGACAUGAUCAAGAAUGUGUAAACAAGUGGAGUUGUGUGGAGAAAAAAAAAAAAAAGCUUUUUGGGCAUAAAUAGCAUCAUCAGAUGUAAAUGAUCUUAAUACUGAUGUCCUGUCUGUGUGUUGUUGUCAGUAAGCUGUCACUGCAGGAGUUAAUCCUCCACGAGUGAAACUAGAGAGACAGCUACCAUUUGUUGGUUGGCGCCAUUUCAUUCUAUUUUCUCAGUUUUUGCUGAUGCAUUUACCGAAAGUAUAAUAUUUGCAUAUUUUUUAUUGUGCACUGUUAUCAUUUAUUCAGCAGGUGUCUUCAAAUACUUUGUUUUUUCAUUGUAUUUAGGAUCCAUGUGUGUUAUGUAACUUCACCAGUGGUACAUGCUGUAAUUUAUAACUUCAUGUUUGCCUAGCACUACAUUAAAAUGUAAGAAAAUAAGAAAUG